AUAAAUAAAGAGAAAAACAUAAAAUUUGUAUGCACAAACAUAUACUGAUGCAGUGUGCUAACAUAGUCAGUGUUAAGUCACUGACAUUUCAUAAACACAAUUGACAUUUUCGCGCAAUUUUAUUUUAUGUUAUACACAAGAAUAUAUGGAAUGGCAAGCAUAAAUAGUGUGUAAGGAGAGAGAAAGAGAGAGAGAGAGAGAGAAAAACAUUUUGACGCAUAGAACGCUCGGUUCAAUUUGAAAUUCCGAUUAGAUACAUCAACAAUUCCUUGCGAUUCUGUUUUCUUUCCAAAUUCGUCGUUGAAGUAAUACACAGGCAAAAUUUACGAGAGCGAACGAGAAACAAAAAAAAAAAACUAAAAUACCAAAUCGAACCAAAUGUGGAUCAUUGCUAUGUACUUUUCGGUGUGUUUUAUGUGAUUUUCAGUAUAGACAGAGAUAGAGAGAGAGAAAGAGAAAAAAAAGAAUAAAGCACACAUUCUAAAUCGGAUAACGAUUAAAAAAAUCAUACAGUUCAAAAGAGAAGUAAGAAAGAAACAGAACGCAUCGCAACGAACCUAGGAGAGCCAUAGCGUGUUUUGAUUCAUUUUUUUUUAAUAAAAUAUUUCAGAAAAUUGAAUUCCGAAUGGACAAUGGAUUGUUUUUAAAAACUCGCUCACUUCGAUAGUGUUGCAUUUUAAACAUUUGAAAAUAUGUUAUGGUAGUGUGUGCGUGUGUUUUCAAUUUCAAUUAUUAUUAUUUUUUGAUAUUGUCAGUAUAGUGUAUACGGUCAACAUAACUAACAGAUAAAUUCUAUCUUCCGAACACAGUACAUGUGAUAGAGAAUAAAAAAAAUCACUUCACUGUAGACUGUUCGCCGACCAUCACAACACCGGCAUCACGUAGCCAAUCAUUGUGCAUCAUUUUGGGAAAUGGAUAAACCAAUAGCGACUGGAUCACUGGCACCAUCGCCCGAUCCAGAUAUGGAUGAUGGCAGUUCAAAGCGACAAGCAACCAGAGUGUUUAAGAAAAGUUCGUCAAAUGGAAAGAUUACGGUUUACUUGGGAAAAAGAGAUUUUGUCGAUCACAUAUCUCAUGUUGAUGGGAUUGAUGGCGUUGUUUUAAUUGAUCCAGAUUAUGUGAAGGAUCGAAAAGUAUUUGGUAAUGUGUUGGCGGCAUUUCGUUAUGGUCGCGAAGAUUUAGACGUGUUGGGCCUAACAUUUCGAAAAGAUUUGUAUUUAGCACAAGAACAGAUAUAUCCGCAAAUAAAUAAGGACCGGCCAUUGACACGACUUCAAGAGCGUUUAAUAAAAAAAUUGGGAAAUUAUGCAUUUCCAUUUUAUUUUGAAGUACCACCACACUGUCCUGCAUCUGUUUCAUUGCAACCAGCACCAGGUGAUACAGGCAAACCUUGUGGUGUUGACUAUGAAUUGAAAGCAUUUGUUGGUGAUCUUAUCGAUGAUAAGCCGCAUAAACGGAAUUCAGUGCGAUUAGCCAUUCGUAAAAUCAUGUAUGCACCGUCGAAACUGGGCGAACAGCCUUCAAUUGAAGUUAGUAAAGAGUUUAUGAUGAAACCAAAUAAAAUCCAUUUAGAAGCUAGCCUUGACAAGGAGUUAUAUCAUCAUGGUGAAACAAUUUGUGUUAAUGUCCAUAUUGCCAACAAUUCGAAUCGAACCGUUAAAAAAAUAAAGGUUUCCGUGCGUCAAUUCGCUGAUAUUUGUCUAUUUUCAACGGCACAAUACAAAUGCACCGUUGCUGAAGUAGACUCAGAGUAA